UAUAUAUACCAUCCAGUACACAUUAGCGUAUGUCAUGUUUUUGUUGUCAUUUCGUCAUCUUAGCUCUUGUAGCUUAUAUAUACCAUCCAUAUUCUCUAAUAGAAUAAAGCAUCAACUUUCAAUUCACCUCCAUCCUAAGGAAAAAAAAUGCCUUGUAGAGAACUACAAACACCACCCUCAAUCCAGCUAGUUAUAGACACAACCACCAACAACACCCUUCCAAGAUCUUCAAGAGUAAAUCAUAAGCAGUCAUUCACAUGGUUGUUAUCGAUUCUAGCCCGACUCCAUGCAGGUUAUUUCAGAAUCGGUCUGUCAUUUGGAAGCCAAGCACUACUAUGGAAAAUGAUUUGCCAAACUUGUAGCACCAAUCAUAUUACUAACAAAAUUAUAAGCGAAAAUGCAUCGGUUCUCCUAAAUGUCCUCAACAUCCUCCCUUCAACGACUCCCCUCGUCUUUUGGUGUAUGUCUUUGUUGAUCUUAGCAUCACUCUCCGUCUUCUACAUUCUUCGAUGCUUCUUUCACUUCCGCUUAGUGAAAGCUGAGCUCUUACACCAUGUAGGAGUGAAUUACCUUUUCGCACCUUGGACCUCUUGGCUAUUGCUACUCCAAUCGACCCCUAUAAUCUUCAUCGUUCCAAAGACGACUACCCCUUAUCUAAUACUUUGGUGGGCAUUUACCAUUCCCAUCAUAGCCUUCGAUGUCAAGAUAUACGGGCAAUGGUUCACCACCGAGAAGAGGUUCCUCUCGAUGGUAGCAAACCCGACAAGCCAGAUAUCAGUCCUAGGGAAUCUAGUAGGAGCAAGGGCCUCGGCACAGAUUGGGUGGAAGGAGACAGCAGUAUGCAUGUUCUCCUUAGGAAUGGUUCACUACUUGGUGCUUUUCGUCACCCUUUACCAAAGAUUCUCGGGUGGUGAUCGCCUUCCUGCUAUGCUCCGUCCUGUGUUCUUCCUCUUCAUUGCUAUCCCAAGCAUGGCUAGUUUGGCUUGGAGUUCCAUCUCUGGCUCUUUUGGUAUCGGAUCGAAAAUGUUAUUUUUCCUCUCGCUCUUUCUAUUCGCAUCAUUGGUGAGCAGACCAACCCUCUUCAAAAAAUCAAUGAAGAAGUUUAACGUCGCGUGGUGGGCUUACUCGUUCCCAAUAACCAUGCUAGCUCUUGCAUCGGUAGAGUAUGCAUAUGAGGUGAAGGGCCAUGUAGCAGCAGCCUUAAUGCUCCUAGUCUCAGGACUCUCGUUCCUCGUUUUCCUCGGACUCCUGCUCUUUACUAUGCUCAAUGUGGCUAAGUUGCUUAAUGAGAAUGAUCCUAUUCUAAGCUUUGCAAAGGAUCCAAUGGCUUAAUUCUUGACAGCUGAUUAAAGCCUUGUUUAUUUGUCUUAAAUCUUAGUAAUUAUAGUACUAUAGAUAUUGUAUUUUGAUGCUUAAAGAGAUUAGAUAUACCACAUCAACAUCUUUUCAAGAAAUUCUUCAGGUUCAAUUUCAGAAUUUUUUUUGACAGCGAUUCAUAAAUUUCAUACAGACAUAAUCGAAAGGAUUCGUGGCCUUAAACCUUCAACGUUCACUUCCGUCCUCAGGACUAAACAUUUCAAACCCAAGCUCCAAGUAGCUACUGUGGGUUGAUUACUUUGGAUCAAAGAAUAUCAAGUGCACAUCAGUUGAUUAAAAGAUGGGAUUUUUUGUUAACUUUUAGAAGAAUUGUAACAAGAUUCAAAAAAACAAAGUAUCUGUUGAAACGUAUGAUAUAAAAGAUUACUAACCUCAUAGCGGAUUAGUGUCGACUGUCACAUGCUGGGUUUACAAAGGAGUUAAAGGGCCAUUUAGCAGCUACGUCGAUGCUCAACAUAUCAGGAUUCUAACUCUGAAGUCUUAAUACUCGCUCAUAAAAGUAUUAACUGUACUCAGAGUUGUUAAAAUGCUUCAUGAGGAUGAAUCUAUUCCAAGCUUCGCCAAAGAUCAAACCAUUGUCAAAUGAUUCACUAAUUGUCUUGCGAAUCGCGAAUCGAAAAAGGCAAAUUAUGGUCAGUUUUAGGCUAAUUUUGAACCAUUUUGAGCAAUAACCAUUACCAUGGUUCCCUCCACAAGACAAUUGGAA